CAAGAACAAUCCUUUGAAGACUUUCGUCAGUCAACUCACUCUUUGUGCAAAACCCCACACCACACCCACUAAAACAAGAAUUACAAAUAAAAAUUGAAUCUUUGCGCCGCGUUCAAAAUGGGAGCCUGAUCAAAUCUUCAAUUUUGAUGUGCGCUAAUCGAUCGGCGAGAUAAUGGGGGAGGCGUAUGUUAGAUCUAGAUGGUUUUUGUGUGUGAUCGUCGUGUUAGUUUUGUGUGGUUUGUUUUCGCCCCUUUCUGCUCAGAGCCGCAGCCCCAAGAAUGUGCAGGUCGCCCUUAGAGCUAAGUGGUCUGGCACUCCACUUCUUCUAGAAGCUGGGGAAUUGUUAUCUAAAGAAUGGAAAGAUUUGUUCUGGGAUUUCGUUGAAUCAUGGAUCCACGCGGUGGAUUUGAAUUCGGAUUUGAGGACUGCGCAAGAUUGUUUGAAGAAAAUAGCUGAGCAUGGGAAGUCUCUGUUGAGUGAACCAUUAGCAUCAGUGUUUGAAUUCUCUCUAACUCUUAGGUCAGCUUCACCUAGACUAGUGCUGUAUCGCCAGUUAGCGGAGGAAUCUCUUUCUUCUUUUCCUCUUGCUGAUGAUGGAGGGACAUCCGAACCGAGUGAAACUGCAAAGCUUGAUAUUUCUGAAGCGUUGCUUUUGGGCAAGAAUGUCAAGAGUCCAGGAAAUAAAUGUUGUUGGGUUGACACCGGUGGUUCACUGUUCUUUGAUGUCAAAGAUUUGCACAAGUGGCUGGAAAAUCCUAUUGACACAAAGGAUAAUGCAUUUCAGUAUCCGGAGAUCUUUGACUUUGAUCAUGUCCAUCCGGACUCAACUGCUGGAAGUCCCACUGCCAUUCUCUAUGGAGCUCUUGGGACUGAGUGCUUUAAGGAAUUUCAUACGGCCUUGUCAGAAGCUGCUAAAAAUGGAAAAGCCAAGUAUGUUGUCAGAUCCGUAUUGCCUUCUGGAUGUGAACAAAAGACUUCUCCUUGUGGAGCCAUUGGCACAGGCGAUUCUGUAAACUUGGGUGGCUAUGGUGUAGAGCUAGCACUGAAGAAUAUGGAAUACAAAGCUAUGGAUGAUAGUGCAAUAAAGAAAGGUGUGACUCUUGAAGAUCCCCAUACUGAAGAUCUUAGCCAAGAAGUCAGAGGAUUCAUUUUCUCCCGCAUUUUGGAACGUAAGCCGGAGCUAACAUCUGAAGUAAUGGCUUUUAGGGAUUAUCUAUUGUCAUCUACUAUUUCUGAUACACUGGAUGUUUGGGAACUAAAAGAUUUAGGACAUCAAACAGCACAACGGAUAGUGCAUGCCUCUGAUCCUUUGCAGUCAAUGCAGGAAAUCAAUCAAAAUUUUCCUAGUGUUGUUUCUUCACUGUCUCGCAUGAAGCUAAAUGAUUCCAUAAAAGAUGAAAUUAUAGCCAACCAGCGAAUGCUUCCACCUGGAAAGUCUUUAAUGGCUCUGAAUGGUGCCUUGCUCAAUGUUGAAGAUAUAGACCUUCAUCUGUUGUUUGACAUGGCACACCAGGAGUUGACACUGGCCGAUCAGUACAGAAAACUGAAGAUCCCUCCAAGCACCGUAAGGAAAUUCCUCUCGGUUUUGCCACCUUCAGAGACACAUGCAUUUCGUGUUGAUUUUCGUUCGGACCAUGUUCAUUACAUCAAUAACUUGGAAGUAGAUGCCAUGUACAAGCGUUGGAGAAGCAAUUUAAAUGAGAUCUUGAUGCCAGUCUUCCCUGGACAAUUACGAUACAUUCGCAAAAACCUGUUCCAUGCAGUUUUUGUUUUGGAUCCUGCAUCUCCUUGUGGGCUUGAGACAAUUGACACUAUCAUUGCCUUGUUCGAGAACAAUCUUCCUAUGAGGUUUGGUGUGAUAUUGUACUCAUCAAAGUUAGUCGAAGGGAUUGAAGCAAAUGAUGGGGAACUUCCAGUUGCUCGUCUAAAGGAUGAUGAAGACAUUUCCAGUUUGAUCAUACGCCUCUUCAAUUACAUCAAAGAAAAUCAUGGUGCUCCAACGGCUUUCCAGUUCUUGAGCAAUGUGAACAAAUUGAGAAUGGAUUCAGGUGCAGAGGAUAGUCCCGAAGUGCAUCAUGUUGAAGGGGCUUUUGUGGAAACAGUGCUGCCUAGGGUGAAAACGCCCCCUCAAGAGACUCUAUUGAAAUUGGAGAAGGACCAAACUUUGAACGAGCUGUCUGUGGAGAGCACCAUGUUUGCCUUUAAACUGGGCUUUGCUAAGCUUGAGUGUUCUCUAUUGAUGAAUGGACUUGUCUAUGAACCUAAUGAGGAGGCUCUUAUGAAUGCCAUGAACGAAGAGCUUCCCAGAAUACAAGAGCAAGUAUACUAUGGACAAAUAAAUUCCCAUACUGAUGCUCUGGACAAAUUUCUUUCUGAAAGUGGUGUUCAGCGUUAUAACCCAAAGAUAAUUGCAGAUGGUAAGGUCGUCAAACCAAAGUUUGUCUCCUUGUGUGAAUCAAUUCUGGCAAGAGAAUCAGUAUUGAAUGACCUCCACUACUUGCAUUCAUCUGAAACAUUUGACGAUGUGAAGCCUGUCACUCAUAUUCUUGCUGUUGAUGCCACUUCAAAGAAAGGGAUGAAGUUGCUACAUGAAGGAAUUCGCUAUCUGAUUGGUGGCACCAAAUAUGCUCGGAUUGGUGUGUUGUUUAAUGUCGAUGAUGAUGCAACUUUACCAAGUCUCCUGUUCAUGGAAGUCUUCAAAACAGCAGUAUCCUCAUAUGGCCAUAAAAAAGGAGUGCUACAGUUUAUCGAUCAACUCUGUUCAUUCUACGAAAAGGAAUAUAUGUCGUCUUCUGGAGCUACCGAAAACCAUCAGGCACUUAUUGAUAAGGUGGUACAGUUAGCAGAUGCAAAUGGGUUGCCAUCAAAGGGCUUCGUAUCUGCCUGCUCAGGAUUUUCUGCUGAAAAUUUUAGGGGUUACUUAAAGAAGGUGACCCAGUUCUUGUAUAGGACUAUUGGUCUUGAAUUUGGGGUCAAUGCAGUUAUUACCAAUGGCAGAGUGGUCCGACUCUUUGAUGGUAGUACAUUCUUGAGCCAUGAUUUGCAUCUUCUUGAAUCGUUAGAGUUCAAACAGCGUAUAAAACAUAUUGCUGAAAUCAUUGAAGAGAUAAAAUGGGAGGGUAUUGAUCCUGACGUGUUGACAAGCAAAUUCAUCAGUGACAUUGUUAUGGCCAUCUCAUCCUCAACUUCUACAAGGGAUCGAAGCUCUGAAGGUGCCCGUUUUGAACUUCUGAAUGCUGAUUACAGUGCUGUUAUUUUACAAAAUGAAAAUUCAAGCAUCCAUAUCGAUGCCGUGAUUGAUCCCUUGAGUCCUUCUGGCCAAAAGCUUGCAGCUCUUCUUCGGAUUCUGUCGAAGUAUGUACAACCAAGCAUGCGACUUGUGCUCAACCCAAUGAGCUCUCUAGUGGAUCUUCCUUUGAAGAAUUAUUACAGAUAUGUCGUGCCAACAAUGGAUGACUUCAGUGCUACGGAUCAUGUCGUACAUGGUCCCAGAGCAUUUUUCGCAAACAUGCCACUCUCUAAGACUCUCACCAUGAAUCUCGAUGUUCCUGAACCAUGGCUAGUUCAGCCUGUAGUUGCUGUCCAUGACCUGGACAACAUAUUGCUAGAGAAUCUCGGCAACACCAGGACCUUGCAAGCAGUGUUUGAACUCGAAGCUCUUGUCCUUACAGGUCAUUGCUCUGAGAAGGAUCACGAACCCCCUCGGGGCCUGCAGUUGAUUCUAGGGACUAAGCAUGCCCCCCACUUGGUCGAUACUCUUGUGAUGGCAAAUUUGGGUUACUGGCAAAUGAAGGUUCUUCCUGGGGUAUGGUACUUGCAGAUGGCACCAGGCAGAAGUUCCGAGCUUUAUGUCAUGAAGGAAGAUGGUGAAGGAGCCGGUGACACGACUUUGUCGAAACGAAUCACGAUAGAUAACUUACGGGGUAAAUUGGUUCAUAUGGAAGUGAUCAAGAAGAAGGGCAUGGAGCGAGAGAAACUCUUGCUGCCAGCUGAUGAUGAUAGUCACUCUAAUAAGAAAAAGGGAUCUCAGAACGGCUGGAAUUCGAAUAUCCUCAAAUGGGCUUCUGGAUUUAUUGGAGGAAAAGAACAGUCAAAGAAAGACGUGAGCAGUUCCUUGAAUUCGUUGCAGAAGCCAGGAAGUGGUGGUCGUCAUGGGGAAAAAAUCAAUAUAUUCUCGGUUGCAUCCGGGCACCUGUAUGAGCGUUUUCUCAAAAUUAUGAUUUUAAGUGUCCUGAAAAAUACAGAUCGGCCAGUCAAGUUUUGGUUUAUAAAGAACUAUCUUUCUCCUCAGUUCAAGGAUGUGAUCCCUCAUAUGGCAAAUGAAUAUGGCUUCGAGUAUAAAUUGAUCACGUACAAGUGGCCUACAUGGCUUCACAAACAAAAAGAGAAACAGCGAAUAAUAUGGGCGUAUAAAAUCCUUUUUCUUGAUGUCAUUUUCCCACUUGCCCUAGAAAAGGUUAUAUUCGUUGAUGCCGAUCAGAUCGUGAGGGCAGACAUGGGAGAACUUUAUGAUAUGGAUUUAAAAGGACGGCCCCUCGCGUAUACUCCUUUCUGUGACAAUAACAAAGACAUGGAUGGCUAUCGGUUCUGGAAACAAGGAUUCUGGAGAGACCAUUUGCAAGGAAGACCGUAUCAUAUUAGUGCAUUAUAUGUCGUUGAUUUGGUCAAAUUUCGGGAGACAGCAGCAGGGGAUCAGUUAAGAGUGGUUUACGAAACCCUAAGCAAAGACCCCAACAGUCUUUCUAAUCUCGAUCAGGAUCUUCCAAACUAUGCUCAGCACAUGGUGCCCAUCUUCUCCCUGCCACAAGAAUGGCUAUGGUGCGAGUCGUGGUGUGGCAACGCCACGAAAACCAAGGCUAAAACCAUAGAUCUCUGCAACAACCCCAUGACUAAGGAGCCCAAGCUUCAGGGAGCGAGAAGAAUAGUCGCAGAGUGGCCAGAUCUUGAUCUAGAAGCCAGGCGCUUCACCGCCAAAUUUAUGGGCGAGGAUAUCGAACCCCAAGAGCAAGUUGCACUGCCUCCCCCCGAAAUCCAGAAACCAGCUGCAGAUUACUCAGCAGAGGAUGCGGAAUCAAAAGCAGAAUUGUGAAUGCAACGGAUUCUAGAGCAAAGCCGACGAGAUAGAGUUUUGCGAAACCCCUUGGUCUAACACUGUAAAUCAAUGUUUACACAAUGCAGUAUUUGCAAAAAUGUGCAGCAUUGGUCUAACAAUGUAGUCUAGAUAGUUCUCAAUGAUAGAAGAGAGACUCAUUUUUGUCUGCAAAAUACAUAGUAAGAUUUUUGUUAUGAAACUGAAUUAUUCAUA